AGUAAGACUUACAAAAGUGACACUAAAGUUACAUAGUAUUUUUUAUUAUCAAAAUACUUUUCAUAUAUAAUGUUUCAAAAGACAUCUAUUUUUAGGAUAUAUUUGUAAGUUGCCCCGUAAAAAAUCACCCAACCGCCAAUCCACACAUAUAAUCCCCAUUGAUACUUUCCAAGAACACGUAAUGCAUAUCCCACCUGAAUUAUAGGAGAAGCAAUGCAGCUGUCCGUACAAAGGGAUGUUUUUCUGCAGAUUAUUCAUCCAUUGUUUCACUGUCCACCUCUCAAUUUAUCCUAAGAUUAGAGCAGGCCACUGAAAAAUGGUUGACCUCUCAGUUCUUGCACACCAAGUGUUUAAUUCAAUUCCCUCAUUUUUCAUUUGCACUUCUUUGCCUACAGCCUCGUCUUUAUCCUUUUUCCUUCAAUCCAAUAUAGAACAGGAUCGGUGAAUUAUAUCAGGUUUUAAUUAUCGUGAUAGAUUCAUCUUGAUUUCUGUAACUUCAAUAUUGGAAUUGCAGGAAGAGGAGGAUGGGAACUAUGGCACCUCCAUCAGAUGAUCAAUCAAAGAUUGUAAUGGGGUACCCCCGAAUGAAUAGGUACCCUCCCCCUUAUGGAUACCCUAAACCAGAUCUUGCAUAUCAUCAUCAUAAAGAUUAUGCAAAUUCUAUCAAUCCAAAUCAUUAUCCCCAAUCAUUUGAUGGAUACUAUUAUCAGCAAACCUAUGCGCCGUUGGUACCCGAACCAAGUAGGACUACUUCGGUUGGUCGUGCAAUGAUCUCCUUGUUGAUUUUUUUAACACUUGGGAUGUGCAUGUUGAGCAUAGUCAUUUUCCUCCUGUUUGGUACAGAGGACCCAGAUUUCCAUCUUGUAUCAUUGACCGUGCCGAAUUUUAACGUGACUAACUCGUCCUUAGUAGCCAGCUGGGAUGCCAAUAUUACUGUCACGAAUCAAAAUGAGGCUUUCAAGGUUCAGUUUCUGCAGGUUGUAUCUUCAUUCUUCCAUGAAGAGGAUUUGUUGGCAAUCUCUCCUUUGCAGUCUUUUCAAGUAGAGACAAGACAGACACUUGGUAUGAGUUUCGGUGUGGCAACAGAUCCAACGAAUCAAGAAAAGUUGCACAACGGGGUGUUCCCAAGUAUUGUUCAGGAGCGAAGCACUGGAAUCGUAUGUUUCAGCUUGAGACUGUCUUUGAAGGCUGAGUAUAAGUCUAAUUCUCUUUGGAAAAAGGCAAGUUUGAAAGUCAACUGCAAAAAUUUGCAAGUUAGCUUUUCACCAACUGGAGAAGGAAAAUGGACAGAAGAUUUUCCCAAAAAAUGCCUACUUUUUUCGUAAUAGCCCGGUAAGUGUGAUGAUAUAUUGGUAUUCAAGAUGUGGCAUGAAUUGGAUUUAUAACCGUUAGGUUCUCAAGUCCAUUCUUCUUUACUUCCCUUAAUGCUUUCAAGGUAGUUUUGUAUCUUGAACAUGAUUGAAUGCGAUCAAAGAACAUAUUAAUGUCAAAUAUAUGUCCAUUAACCU